GCUCGUUCUUAACAGUCGCGAAUCAUCUUUACCGUAGGGUAGAUGCUUGGAUAGCUAAAUGAUUAAAUAAUAAUUAUUAAUAAUAGUUAUUAACAAUAUUCCAAGUGUUGUGCCAGAGACUUAACGUGUCCCACAGUGAUAUUUAUUAUUUGUGAAAAGUGACUUGGAAAACCAGAAGUUGGAAACUUUAUUAGUGUAUUUUAUUAUUAGCAAUUAAUUUUGCUGCAGAAUAUUAUUUAGAGCACCAUCGUACAAGGAAACAACGCAAGAUGCCUCGGGGGCAACUGGUUCUACCCGCCUGCAUGUUUGGCGCCUUUGUCAUUUGGGCGACGGGGUCGACUGGCCAGUUCAUCCCAAAUCUGAACAACGCGUGUUACGCCUGCCUGUGCCAUGUCGCGACAAUGUGCGACAUGUCGAACGGAUGCGUCGGUGGCUAUUGCGGCCCUUACAACAUCUCCAGGGUGUACUGGGUGGAUGCUGGCAUGGUGGUGCUGCCUGAUGACGUUCCUGAAAGAAACCACGCUUGGUCAGACUGCGCUCGGAGUUUUUCGUGUGCUAAGAGGAUCAUAGCAGGUUACCUCGAAAAAUUUGGGAAAGACUGCAACGGCGAUGGGGUGACCAACUGCUUCGACUACAUGAUGGUGAACGGCAACGGCGGAUACGGCUGCCACGCGCCUCUCAACCGCUCCGCCAACGGUCGCCGGUGGCUCCAGCGGUUCGACCAGUGCCGGCUCUAGAACGUUCUAGAACGAAACUAUAACUUAUAAGUCUACUUGAUCAGCAGUCAGCACCUACGUGGUAUACCACCUACCAUUAUCACCUUCGAAGCAAAUAGUAAGGUCGUUUGUUGGACGCUACCUUGGAGUGGGUCGCCAAACUUCUGCUAGUUGUAAGCAUAGGGUAGGACUACUUUUUCAUGAAAACUCCUUUAUGCUAGGAUAUGAACGAGUGAACAUUUAUAUUGAGAAUUCAAUGUUGCCAGGUAAAAUUUGUAUUUCUAUAAGCUGGACCAUUUUGUGUAUGUAAUGUUACUGGACAAUAUUACAGAAAAUGUCACACGAUAAUGUAAAUUGGAGUUACCUACGUAGAACCAAUGUUUCUGCGAAAUUUUGCUCAAUUUCAAACAAAUUUUGAAGCGUCGACCCAUCGGAAAAUACGCAAGUUUGUUAAUUAAUUCCUUAAUUACUGCGUUGAAUAAUUAUGGGACACACACAAUUAUAUUUUAUUCGGAGAAAUAUAAUUUAAUAAGAACGGAAAUAUUUUUUUUUCUUUCAUUAACAUAGUUCGAAUGCAAUACAGCAACAGCUCAAUUUUGUUGCAAAAUGACAUCUACUUACAACUAGACAAGAUGCCCUGGAUGAACUGUUUAAUAGAUUAGUUUAUAUCAAGCUUAACUCGAUAAUUGCUUCAAGAAAAGUAUCUUUUCGAUAAGGAUAACUAUUUAACUUCGUAUGUAAUAUCUUUAAUAUAGUCUUAAUUACUUAUUCAAUUUCGUAAUGUGACCACGAAUACUUUAUAACUGUUGCAAUUAACAGGCACGAGUCAUCAAACGAUGAUUUGUUUUUAAUUAACAUCUUUCUUCUGGUAAUUAAAAUUUUUGUUCUAAAUAUUGUAUUUUUUAUACAUUUGCUCAAUUUGAAGUGCAAUUUUAUAUUAGUUUAGUUUUAUUAGGAAGUUACUUGUAUAAUUCAACCUUUCCGAUGGUCAAUACAAUACAUCACACUGCGAUGUCAUGCUUCUUUCCUGACUAUUUUUGCAUGAUCUAUCUAGUUAUUUAUGAAAGUACUUUAUAGGUCAGUAAAUACAUUUUUUAUAAUA